AUAAACAAAAUUGGGGUAGGCCAAUGCGCAGAGAGAGAGAGAGAGAGAGAGAGGGGUGUUUUGAGGUUCUCUGCCAUCGUCUACUCUCGCUGUUGCAAUAAAUAAGAGCUUCUGAGAGUUUUGGUGUUGUAGAGAGAGAAAAAAAUUGAUAUGCUUUAGAGAGAGGAAAAAGGAAGAAAGAGAGGGCUUCAGAGCAUAAAUAUAUAUAUAUAUAUAUAUAUAAUAAGAGAAAGCGGGAAGGGGUUUAAGAGAAGGAGAAAAUGGAGGAUCUACCGGAGGAGGAGAACGGAGAAGAAGAGGAAGUGCUGGGGUCCAGUUUGACGAUGGAGAAAGUCGCUGCAGCCAAGCAGUUUAUAGAGAAUCACUACAGAGCUCAGAUGAAGAACAUUCAAGAGCGAAAAGAGAGACGAUGGGUGUUAGAAAGGAGAUUGGCUUCCUCAGAUGUACCCAAGGAUGUGCAGAUUAAUUUGAUCAAAGAUUUAGAGCGCAAAGAGACAGAGUUCAUGAGGCUUAAGAGGCACAAAAUUUGUGUGGAUGAUUUUGAGCUUUUAACCAUUAUUGGGAGGGGGGCCUUUGGUGAGGUUCGGUUGUGUCGGGAGAAAAAAUCUGGCAAUAUUUAUGCCAUGAAAAAGCUGAAGAAAUCUGAAAUGCUUAUGAGAGGACAGGUAGAACAUGUUAGAGCUGAGAGAAACUUGCUGGCAGAAGUUGCCAGCCACUGCAUAGUUAAACUUUACUACUCAUUUCAGGAUGCUGAGUUCUUAUAUUUGAUUAUGGAAUAUCUGCCUGGUGGUGACAUGAUGACUUUGCUGAUGAGGGAAGACACGUUACCUGAAAAUGUGGCUAGAUUUUACAUUGCACAGAGUGUCCUAGCCAUAGAGUCAAUACACAGACAUCAUUACAUUCACAGAGACAUAAAACCUGACAAUCUUCUACUGGACAAAAAUGGUCACAUGAAACUCUCAGAUUUUGGCCUCUGUAAGCCUCUUGAUUGUACAACUUUAUCUGCAUUGCAUGAAAAUAGAUCCAUGGAUGGUGAAAAUUUGACAGAACCAAUGGAUAUCGAUGGAUGUGUUCCUGAUGCUGAUAAUAGGAGUAGUUGGAAAAGUCCUCGUGAACAGCUUCAGCAUUGGCAGAUGAACAGAAGGAAGUUGGCAUUUUCAACUGUGGGAACACCAGAUUAUAUUGCUCCAGAAGUGCUGUUGAAGAAAGGAUAUGGAAUGGAGUGCGACUGGUGGUCAUUGGGUGCAAUAAUGUAUGAAAUGCUUGUUGGGUAUCCUCCAUUUUAUUCAGAUGACCCUUUAACUACUUGCAGAAAGAUUGUUCAUUGGAGAAACCACCUGAAAUUCCCAGAAGAUGCAAGAUUGACACCAGAGGCUAAGGAUCUUAUUUGUAGGUUGCUCUGCGAUGUUGAACAUAGACUGGGCACUGGAGGAGCACAUCAAAUUAAAUCUCAUCCUUGGUUCAAGGACGUUGUGUGGGAUAAACUCUAUGAAAUGGAGGCAGCAUUCAAACCAGAAGUAAAUGGAGAGCUUGAUACCCAGAACUUUAUGAAGUUUGACGAAUUAGAUGCUCCAGUGCCAGCAAGAACUAGCUCAGGACCAUCUCGGAAGCUGUUAUUAACUCCAAAAGAUCUAAGCUUUGUUGGCUAUACAUACAAGAACUUUGAUGCUGUAAAAGGGGCACUUCGCCAAUCAUUAGCAGGUGAUUCUGGGGCAGAUUCUAACAAACGGACAGCCGAGGAAACAGAAGUAGAAAUGCUUGCAUCAUCAGGUGAUCCGAUGUUACCAUAAUGUGAAAUCAUGGUAUAACAAAAUUGGCAAAAACCCAGGAUGCAGAGCACUUGCCAUGUUAAUUUGGUGAAGUGCUUCUUUGUAUUAUGCAUUUCUCGUGGAUUAGCUGCCAUGCUAUUUGCAGAACUCAUUAUAUGUGUACAGUAGUUUUGAAGAGCUUCAUAAGCGCCCAGGGAAGGGCUUUAGUAGUUGGUGAAAAAGCUUUUUGUGAAUUAGAAUUUAGAAUGUAGGACAGACAAAUGUGGAGCUUGUGUCCUGGCUGCCCAGGUUGGCAGGAGCGUACUCUUGCCUUCUCUAGUGGCAGUAUCUAUCUGGUCAAAAUAUGAUCGAGGACAAACUACUAAGGAACUCUAUUUUGGCCCUUUCACAGAAGAAUCUUCCUCCUUGUGUAAUUUUUUAUGGGCAAAAAAACUUGCUAGUAGCUAUCAAGAAAAAAUAGUUUGAGAGAACUUAUUGCCUCAAUUCAUAACUCUUGCCCCAACUCUUUAAAAGUGUUAAAUUAUAAUCGCUUAUAUUUUACUCAGUAAUGUACUUGUGGAUUCGUCUUCUUUCUUUC